AUGCUUCCCUACCAGCCGAUGCGCGUAAAUCGAAAGCAAGUUCUUGCCGUCUUCGCCGUUGGUAUCUUUGUGCUUUUCCUCGUCGCCAGGUCUCGCCCUCCUAGCAGAUACUUCAGCGUCAGCACACUCGGGGAUUCGGUUGGAAAGCAAGAAGAAAUCUUCCACCAGCACUACCCAUUUUCUCCAAAUGUCACCCGUGGAUUCCGCUAUGAAAACACGGAUCUCGACAAAGCUUUCUACGAAUUCCCCAUUCCAAAGGACGCCCUUUACGUCUACAAGGCCUUUUAUGAUUUGAGAGAUCCGGAAGGGCCACGAAUUCGUGUGUGCGUGACGGCUAGUUGUCGUGUGAUCGACGACCCGGGGACCACGAUUGAUUUGCGCGUUGAUGGCCAAUCGAUCGGUCUCGGCUGGAAGAACAGCACAAACUGUUGCAGAUGCGCAGUCGAUGGAUGCAAGUAUUUCAGCUACGACAUCGCCUCCAAGAUCUAUCGGGGACCGGUGCCGGAAACGGUCAGCUUCCACCGGAAUGAGCAUUCGGCCGAAAUCCUGGUCGAACAACCGCCGUCGAACUAUACGGAUGAUAUCUCGGCCUGCACGGGGCCUUUGCAUUGGUACAACGAUUGGCCUCGACUGAUCCUGUAUGUGGAGACGGCGCGUCUGAACGGAAUAUCCCGUAUUCUUGUCACGUGGCAAUCGAUAUCAAAAGAAGUGAAGGCUGUCAUCGACUAUUACCAACAAAAAGGCAUCAUCGAUCCACACCCUUGGCCAGUGUUGCCGUUUAACGACGAGAUUGACAUGUAUCCACAGGUCCACAACGCCGGUCAAAACCUCUUCAACCAAUAUUGCAAUUUCUGGUCGGGCAGCAAGUACACGCAUUUGAGUGAUGUCGACGAGUUGUUGCAUAUCAGACACCAGAACCGGACGCUGUACGACCUGCUCGAGGCGACGGCACGCCAGAAUGCGAGCAUUGGUGGUUUCCGUUUCCAACACACGCCACUCGCCCUCAACUGGAUUCCCGAACCGUUUGACUACGAGAAGUUCCUGAAAUUGGACGCACUGCGGAGCGCGCGGACGCCCAACACGGAUCGCUGGCGCUUGGGCAAGUCGAUUUGGAUGACCAAUGUGACGCGAAUCUCCUGGGUGCAUUACGUGCUGAAAUUCUUCGCAGGACGCGAAAACUACCACGUCCCCCGCGAUCAGGCCCUCCUCCUGCACAUGAGGAACUCGUUCCAAAAAUCAAAGGCAGCUCCGCUCUUCCCGGAUUUUCGACUCUGGCCGAAGGAGCAAAUGACCGAACGCCUCGCCAAGAUGGCCGACACGAUUCGAGAGAUAUUCCGCGACGGGCCGCCGAAUUAUCGAACCUCCACGCUGCCCGCGUCAGAAAAGUGCACGAUGGUGUGGCCAAGUUGCUGGAAUGCCGGCGCCAGCUGUUUCACUUCGAUGAGCAACCAUGAUGAUUGGAUCUACGCGAAGCCGACGCCGCAAAGCUUCCACAUUCCUGUC